AACUUAUGCACCAGUAUGAAAAGCUGCUCUUUAUUUUCAGACUGGGAACCUGCCAUUAGAAUUGGUGUGCUGGAUUGUGGGGAAGAAGACAAUUAUGAGACUUGUAAAGAAUAUGGUAUUUACUACUAUCCAACCUUUAGGUACUUCAAAGCCUUUACGAAGCAGUUCACAACGGGAGAAAAUUAUAAAGCAGGGUCAGAUCGUGAGUUGCAAACAGUUCGUCAGAUGAUGAUUGAUUUUCUGCAGAACCACUCCCAAGAAUCAAGGCCACCUGCUUGCCCCCCACUUGAUCCAGUUCCGUCCAGUGAUAUUGCUACUCUUUUUGACAAGAAUAAUCAUCAUUAUACUGCCAUUGUGUUUGAAAGCAAUAGCUCCUAUGUUGGACGAGAGGUGAUCUUGGACUUGAUUCAGUAUGAAAACAUUGUGGUGAAGAGAGCACUGAAUUCUGAUAAGGCUUUCCUGGAGAAACUUGGUAUUACCUCAAUCCCUUCUUGUUACCUGAUCUAUCCAAAUGGGUCCCAUGGAUUAAUUAACAUUUUGAAGCCUCUUCGGUCUUUCUUUUCUUCCUAUUUAAAGUCACUGCCUGGUGUGAGAAGAAAACUGCUUUCACAACUUCCAAUACCCAUAAAGCAAAAUAAAGAGGAGAGCACAGAAAUCAAGCAGUGGAAGGAGUUUGACAAAUCCAAGCUGUACAUGGCUGACCUUGAAUCUGGAUUGCAUUACCUGCUCCGGGUAGAGCUUGCCACUCACAAGAUGCUUGAGGGAGCUGAGCUAAAAACCUUCAAGGAUUUUGUUACAGUCAUUGCCAAGCUGUUUCCUGGCCGUCAGCCUGUGGUGAAGUUGCUGGAGACUUUGCAAGAGUGGCUGGUGAGCCUUCCAUUAGACAAAAUCCCUUAUGAUGCUAUCCUAGAUCUCGUCAACAAUAAAAUGCGGAUAUCUGGAAUAUUUCUCACUAACCACGUCCAGUGGGUUGGCUGUCAAGGCAGCAGACCAGAGCUAAGAGGUUAUACUUGCUCCCUCUGGAAGCUGUUCCAUACCUUAACCGUUCAAGCUGCCAUUCGACCAAAAGCUUUAAUCAACACAGGUUUUGAAGACAAUCCCCAAGUGGUCUUGCAGAUGAUGCGGAGGUAUAUUCAGCACUUCUUCGGGUGUAAGGCUUGUGCCCAGCAUUUUGAAGAAAUGGCUAAGGAGUCCAUGGACUCUGUGAAAACACUAGACAAGGCAGUUCUUUGGUUGUGGGAGAAGCACAAUGUGGUGAACAACAGGCUUGCAGGUGAUCUGAGCGAGGAUCCAAAGUUUCCUAAAGUUCAGUGGCCCACUCCAGAUCUGUGCCCUGCUUGCCACGAAGAAAUUAAAGGAUUACACAGCUGGAACGAGGCACAAGUGUUACAGUUCUUGAAGCAUCACUAUAACAACGAGAACAUUUUGUACAAGUACAUCGAAGGCCAAACUGACUCCAGUGAAACUGAACUUGGGGAUGUGAAGGAGAAGAAAGAGAAGUCUUCACCCAGAAAACCAAGCGGAAACAAAGAGAACAAUAACCUGGAGCAACAAAACAUGCUAGAUCCAAAAUCAAAGGUCUUAGAUAGAUUAAUAGCAAAUGAUGGACCUGUCAAAGAGAGAAAUAAAAAUGCAGCUGAACCAGUUAUUCGUAAAGAGACCAAACAGUUUGUAUCUUUCUUAGGGAUUGGAUUUUCUAACAUAGACAUGAGUCUGUGUGUUGUACUUUAUGUAGCAUCAUCCUUAUUUUUAAUGAUAAUGUACUUUUUUUUCCGGAUGCGGUCCAGAAGGUGGAAAAUGAAGUAUUAUCGUCCAUUUGUAUAGAAAUCAAAAUCGGAAGUGAAAUUUCCAUUGUAAGUGGCUGAUGAGCACAGAUGCAGCUUUAAUAUUUAUGAUCAGGGAUUUUAUAUGCAGUAUUUCACUUGUUUCAAAAACCCUUCUCCCCAGUUGAUUUCUAUUGUGGUAGUCUUUGUUGUAGGAAUCCCAGUCUUUGCGUGUAACAUCCGGACACGUAGCGCUGCCAUAAAACAUGCCCUAAACGAGAAACGUGCUUUUCCAUGAAGAUACCAUUACUUGCUUGCAUCCUGCACCCUUUGUAACCAGCUGUUCCAAGUUUUGGGAAGAAACAGUGCUGUUUUUUGGUGCUCUGAGUGGGCUCCUUACUUUUAUCCAAACCUGAGUAGAGGGUAUCUCUAUCCCCUGGUCUAGCAGAACAUCUUGCUGGGCAUUUGAAGAAGCAAGAAUUUUGCUUUUUCCAGAGGGGACAGGAAUGUCUUUUGAAUAAACUUCAAAAACUAUUAAAUAUUUUUACUUUAUGCUGUUUCUGUAGCCGUGGCUCUGAGUCCCUGUAAGUCCUCCUUUGCCUACUGCAGCCAAGAAUACGAACACCCUCAUAAGGGUCACAGAUGGGCUGAACAGCAUACAGAAGGCCAGAUUUUAAUCUUGCUUUUGCUGGUGCUCCUUCGAAUGAACCCUUUCGACUUCAGUGCAGCUCCUCCGAGGGUUCAUGAGAAGAGGCUUGGAUUUACGCAGUAGAGUAAAUAACUUUAACCCUUUCUUCCUGAUUUAUUAAGGAAUAAUUAUUGUCAGAGUUUGGGGAAAAGCAGCACUGCUGAAUUCUCUUCGUGGAGCCCACUUUUAAUGAUUUCCGAUGAAGUGAAAUUCCUAGCAAAGGGGAACACAAGUCUUCAGCCUUUUCCGGGCACCAGAAAUUGCAGUUGUCUUUAGUGAGCUGCUUACGUUGUUGCUCCACAAUUUAAAAUAUUCGUGUAACGGGAUUCCACAGUGUAAGUGUUUCAUGUGCUUGUUUCCAGUCCUGAGCCUGUGCGACGAGGAAUAUUAUCUCCCACCUGUAAAGUUUCUUUAUGUCAGAAGAAUAGUCAUUACUUCGAAAAUAGUCUCCCAUUCCUCUGCUUGUGCUAGUGCGCUCUGCUCACCACUGCUGUUCCCCGCUGGGCUGUGGGACCAGUCGGGAACAUAGCAGCUGACUUGCCAGAUCAGGUCUCAGGCCCACUUGUUCAGUCUUUCGGGGGAAGGUGUGAGGGAGCAUGUGAAGAAAUAUAAAACGAUGAGACCUGGAGGAUAAGUUUCUUCUUGAUCUCACCUACUGGUAAUCGGUUUGUGCUUAGGAGAAGGAGUUGAUGGUCCCAUUUGCUGUAGCUGGGAAUGUUCUCAUUAUCCACAUACUUGUCUAAUUAUAUAACCCGAAAAACCCUAGCCUCAAUGUCGUCUUGUGGCUGUGUGUUUUGCAGAGUAAUUACAGUGCAUAAAAGGGUGGUUCUGAUCACCUGGGAGUGAACUUAAAAUUUCCUUUAAUUCCCCCCUUCCUCCCGGCACACGUACACGCACUGUUCUUGCACUAUAAAAGAGGGAGGAAAUAACACCCGGGUAAUUUGUUCAUUCUCUCUUUCAUUGCUGGGCCUAUUAGUAACGUGCUGGAUUUGCACGGGGCCUUCAAACCUCAGUCACAUUGCCCUCUGAUUUCCCUCACAAGCCCUCGGAUGAAGGAUUUGAACCUUGCCGUGAUCUUGAGCUAAAGCUUAGGACAGACACAGCGCUCAGCGAGAAAAUGCUUUUAAUGAUAACUGAAUUUGAUAUAUGUCUCCAGCUGAAGUUUGACACACAACUCCUCCACAGCUUCAAUUGCAAAUAAGAAAAUAGGGCAAAUAAUUGCACGGAGAAACAAGGGCGGAUACUGAUAUGACACACACAUUUACAUUUAAAAGGUUUUUAACUGCGUACACCGUCACGGGUCUGAAGCAAAAUCUGCAUGACCGUGACGGCAGUAAAGGAAACAUUUUCAGCUUUCCUAAGCUACCUUUUAGGGCCCUAGGUGACAUGGGGGAACAGUGUCCAAGGACAUGUUAGAUGAAACUCAUUGUGACUUCAAGUCAGUGUGCAGGGCUGGAUGAAAAUGUCUGAUUUAAGAGGGGAGACACGACUUGUUGGAACGGUUUCUUCCCUCCUUCGUGAGAUUUUUAAGCAAGUACCAAGAUGCUUAUUGCACCGAUUUUUAAAUAUUGAAAUGGCUUACAAGCCAGAUGGUGAAACGAGUUAAAAAUCAAAGCCUGCAGCCUGUAAUCAAUGCCAUUGCGCUUAGUUAUUACCCAGAUUCAAAUAAUGGGGCUCAGAGCUGGGGAAACGGAAAAUGUUGGCCUCUGGUUUUAACCAAACUGGGUAUCUUAUGUCAGGUAAUCUAAUGUAAUCGUAACAAGCGGCACAGUUUUCGGAGCUGGAUUUGAGGUCAAAAGGAGCUGAGGGAGGCGCUGCAUCUCGAAAUACCCGGUGAUGUGCUAGGUACCCAUGCGGAGAGCUUUAAGUCUGUGUCAUCUUUCUGUUUCCUGCAGUUGUUCGUUUUGCAUAUUUUCAUAUCAAAUGACCGUUACUUUGUUUUCAACUUUGCUGGGUAUCUAGCACUGAGCUGGUUCAUUUUGGGCACGUCCUGCUUAUUUUCAUGUGUGUAUUAAAACCACUUUGGAAAGCUUGUCGGGAUGAUUUUGCCUGCAAAACAACUAGUGGGUUAUUUUAGGACGUACUUGGGAACCUGAUCUUCAUUUGCUGAAGGAGUCCUGUAGGCUUUCAUAGUGCCUUUACACUGUUUGAAGCAGGAAAUUGAACAGAGACCCAAACUUCCAGCUUUUUUCCCCAAAAAUAGAUGCAAAUGGGAUUUGGAUCAUGUCACAUGGUGUAAUAAGCUAAGUUUUGCUGCUUAAUUAGUACAAAGCUUUGGUAACAGUGACCUCGCUUGGAAACCAACCCUGAAUUUUGGAUGUAAUUGUUACACAAAUCUCAGUGUAUUUGCCAUUUUGUAAUCGUACCUUGAUGAGUUGUGUUUUAUGUAUCACAAUGGUCAGUGCGGAGCCCUGCGCUCCGGAGUUAAUCCUGCCAUACUCAUGAUCGGCCGUGUCUACAGAAAGUAUUAUUAAGUGUCCCUGAGAUGGGCAAUGCUGUUUUCUCAUGCUGUGUUACAGAGCCAAAUUAUAAGAGUAUUUUUUUGAAAUGCCCUGAAAAUAUCAGUCUCAGAAUGUUGCUUUACAAAGAAUUCAACCACACACGUUUUCCUCAUGAAAAUGGUGCAAUCUGAACCAUCCCAAACCAAGUAACCUUUGGGCUGCAUUUUGUCGCUUUGAUACUUCCAGCUUUUUUAGCCGUCUGGAGUUUCUCAGUGAGCAAAUGUUAAACUUCAGGGAGAAAGGGAAAACAAUGGAGGGCUUGCUCGGUCGGAGGAGAAAAAGCCACACGUGCCAAAAAAAAGCCAAGUGAAAUGAUUCCUUCGUGUUUAAUAUUUAAUUGCAAACUGUAUAUUUUAUGUCACACCUGUUGGGAAUGGGACGUGAGUAUCAUCUUUAGGAAAGGUUCGACACGCGUAUUGUGCAGCAUCCAAGCUGUUGAGACUGGUGAGCAAAACCGUUGAGUAAUUUAAAUGUUUUAUUUAUUUGAAUAAUUUGACAUUUUCUCUUGUCAGUUUUUUACUCAAUGGGAGACCUCCUCUCUCAUGGGGAAAGUGGCCAUUUUGUACUAAAGUGUAAAUGAACGUGCUCAUUUAAAAAUAAACUGCAGAUGUCUGAGU